AUGAAACUCUUUCUCAGAGGUGCAUUGUUCUUAGCAGCUCUUUUCUAUGUGGUUCGGGCCCAGGACAGUGUCGUCAAGGUACUCGAGAAUGAAAUUAGAGAGGAAGUCAAGUUGGCCUCACAGGAGACGGAUUUCUUGGUAGAGAAGGAAAAGACAAAGGCCAAGAGCUGUGUACAAAAGGGAUCUGAUUACCUUCAAUAUGUAAAGGGCUUGGUAGCAGAUGCUCGCAAGGAAUUGAAGGAAAACAAUAACCGUAGACCCUCUACUCAGUACUCCAUCGACGAUAUUGCCUUUACUAUUGCUCAAGGCCUUCCUGCUUGGGUCUAUCCUCAUACUGCUUGGAAGGAAGAUCCCACUACUCGUCGUAGACGCAUUGCCAAGGUGUUGCGUACUUCAUCACUCAUCACUCGUCCUCGUCUCACUGUCAUUCGCGAUACCGCUGCUCUCUGGACCAAAACAUCGUCCAACCUUCUGGAACACAAUUACACUACUACAACUGAAGAGUCUUUCAGCUCUCUUUUGCAAUCUGCCGAGGAUUUCGUCACUACUGCUACUGAUGCUGAAUUAAUGGACUCCUUAUUCUUGGCUACUGGUUAUGCUACCUUGGACGAUGCCGUUACUCACUUUUUAACUAACAAUUUGGAAGAGUUCAACCACAUUAUCCAGUCAAUCAAUCAUGAUUUCAACGAGAUUGUAAGUUUGUCAGGGGAUUUGCGUCGUCCAUUGGAAAGUGUGCGUGAGGAUGCUAUUCAACAAUCCAAGAUGAUCCGUGACAACUUGUUUGCCAACCAAAUCGACAAGCGUCUUCGCCAUCUCAGCUGGCACAUUCGCACCGAAUUGCAGCACUUGUCCCAUGAACUGCGCGAGUUACCCGAGGAGGACAGAGAUGCAUCAUCCAAGUUGUUGAGAAGACAUAUUGCUGAUUCAUUGCGUACGGAGAUCGAAAGUUUGAAUGAUAUCAAGAUGACAUUAUCCAAGUCAAAAUCAAUCUACAACCAUGUCUGGCAGAACGCUUAUAACGAGUUGGUGCAAAAUCCUACUUCUUAUGAUUACUGGGUGGAUGUUGUUGCUGAAGUUAAGGAAGCUGUCUACAUUUUGGGAAAGAGUCUUACACAAAAGCAACAACAACUGAAGGCCAAACCCACCAAAUGUACCUGUGGCUACAGCAAGCACUAA